AUGCGUACUGAUCUCUGUGGGAUAAAAUGGCGUAAACUGGUGCACGGAGAAACCGGUUUUGCACCAGAACCAUCAGAGGAUCCGAUACUUUCCUCCUUCUCCCGAUGUUUGGCAGCCGAUAUACUGUGCGUGUGGCGAAGGGUCGCAACGGCCGUCCCCCCAUCAUCCGACAUCAAUGGCGGCCUUUUCGACAACAUCGCUUUGCAAACGGCUCCGGUCAAACACCCUCCGCUCUCUCUUCAUGCUGCCAAAGAACUAUGGAUUUUCUGGUACGGCGAAGAACCCGAUUUGUCGGGACUCGUGUCUCCGGAACUAUUGGCUAGUGAGGGUCAACAGGGAUCUUGGGAGACUGGACUCAAUUACGAAUGCCGCUCUUUACUCUUCAAAGCUCUUCAUAAUCUAAUUGAACGAUGUCUUCUGUCGAGGGAUUGCGUUAGACUUGGAAAAUUUUUCGUUCAACCCCACGAAGGCCAUGAAAAAAUUCUUGGAAAAAACACAUAUCUCUCUUUUUCGUUUGCAUUUUUCGUUCACGGAGAAUCAACGGUUUGUGCGAGCGUCGAUGUGAGAGAGCAUCCGCCCGUAUACAGCCUUACCCGGCAGCAUUUAGCAGCGGCUCAGGCAUCGACGACAGGAACUCCCGUCAUAUUGGCGCCCAACGGUUUGGCGGGAAAUUUAACUGGAGUCGCGUAUAAGAAUUCAGAUUCGACCGCGUCACGAUUUUUAGAAGAAUGGAGGAAAUUUUACCCGAUUCACAGCAAGUAUCUGGGUAGGGAUCCGGAUCCCGGUCUUCCGCCUCCAGUCGUCGAAAUCCUCGUCGGAGGUGUCAAAAUGAAAUAUCCCUCUUGUUACGUUUUGGUAACGGAUAUGGACGAUCAGGGAACUCCGGUGGCUCCGACAUCAUGUCUGUUAGGAAAAGCUUCUCCAGGGGCUAACAACAACAACAACAAUAAUAAUAAUAAUAAAAAAAUGAGUUCUGGUCCGGCAUCGCCACCGUGUUCCCCAUGUCCCAAUAAGAAGAAACCCACUCUGGUAACUCCAUCGAUCAUGGCAUCCGAAUACCACGCCAUAAGCAGUGGGUAUCAUUUGAAAUCGAUGCAUAACACACAACCGGCAGCAGUCAGAAUGCCCGAAUGGGUUUGGCAAGAUAGUAUUCUUAACGCUUUGGAUCCGGAUAGCGAAGAAAAAGCUUCAACUCAAUUGGGUCAAUGGGAUUUUACGGAUCCCACAAGGAAAGCAACUUGCAACUGCUCAAAGUGUAAAAAAAAUCAAAGUUGGAAAAUCGGAUGUGGUGGAAGUAGUAGUAUGGGAAAUGUGAAAACUGAACAAAAAACCCCGAGAAGAAUUCCAUUUCAUCGAAGACCUGAUGAUGAUGGCUUUGAAGGCCCUAUAGUGAGAUCGACAGCAGGGUCAGGGACUCCUUGUGGACCACCUUCAUAUCUUAGGGGACAAUCGAUGACUCCGAAUGCAGUACCAUCGAUACAUAGCACAGGCUUAAACGAUUCUCUUCCUGUUCCUUCGGUAGGUUCUCCAGCUUCCGCCGCUCCUUCUCCCCUACCCAAUCCUCAUUCGCAACCGGCGAGCAUACCGCCGGCCGAUCCGACUAUGCCCACUCUGAGUCCGCAUCCUCCCGCGAGCAACAGUCAGCCGAAUCAACCUUCGACUCCGAUGGAAACUCAUGACAAAAGCACGCCGGCUGCCACUCCUGAUGUCCCCAAUCCUAAGUCGGUUUCAUCUGCUAACCAGGCGUUCAGUCCUUACCCAAAUUCAAACAGUGGUGAUAAUAAAAUAACUAAUACUAAUGAAAAUAUUCCUCUUCAGCCCGUCGUAAAUAACGUUCAACCCAGUCCCAGUAAUUCCUUUCCCAUUCUUAAAAGACCGAUCCUCGCGUGGAAGGAAUAUGAAAAUCUCGUCAUCGAAGAAGAACAUCAACCAUCCGAAUAUUUAUACGAUUAUUCAACUUUGGACGCGUGGUUAAAUUACCCUGUUAAAAAAUUUAAACCGGAUACUAAAGAAUCUCGUAAAAGGUCUUACCUGGGAGACUUGUACGCUUCUCAUCAACCAAAUCGAGCUCCGACUCCUCCACCACAAACGAUAAAAAUUCAAGUUAAACAGGAACCAAGUUCAGUAGCCUCUGAUACCAGCGAACCAUGUCAGGUAGGGACUCCUGCUCCGGGCGUAAAAAGGUCUGAUCCGUAUGAAUUCGACGAUGACGUUACAGCUGCGAACGACGAAGACAGAAAGUUUGAUGGAUCCAACGGUACAUCGAAAUGUACCUCUGGUAAUUUGUUCACAAGUGAAGGAUUGACCGCUUCCUAUAGGGAUUUAGAUCAAAUCUUUGACAAUUCAGACGAUACGUCUAGUGAUGAACCCGUUCAAGUUCCAACUCCUCCAAAUUCUAAUAAACCCGCCGGGUUCAUGGAAGAAAAUUCUCAAACCUUGCUGGUUAAACCUCCGAGGGGAAGCGGCGGAGCCACUCACGCUGGCAUUCUUAGACCUGAAGAACUAUGCAAAAUGUUCCCGACUCCACCUUCAAUGGAGCAUAAUCCGAUAGCGUCUCCAUCCGGUCAUUUGAGUGACGGUCAAGUCAACGAAAUGACUGAUGGCCCUAUCAUUACUCGAUUCAAGCAGGAAAUAUAUCCAAAUUUGGGAAGUCCCCAAGAGGAGCCUAUCGAAGACUGGUCUUACGUUUUUCGGCCUCCGUUAAUGUAUAAAAUGGUAGGGUCUUCAAAGUAUGCACCUUUAACUAAUCUCCCAAGCCAAAAUCUGCCACCCAUUACCCUGCCUUCAAAUUGUGUGUACAAGCCUUCGUGGCUCCAGCCUCAGGAGAAACCUACCUCUACAUCGAGUCAAGCAACAUCAUCAUCAACCACAACAACAACAACAAUGACUACAACAACCACAACAAACAACUCGACAACCAACACUCCAAGCAGGCCAGGAUCUGUAGCACAUCAGCAUGUUCCUCGCACUGGAUUGAGUCCAAUUAGCCCGGCUGGUCAUUUCCCGCCGAGCCCAAUGAUGACCAACAUGUUCAAGGGUCCUGGAAGCGUUGGAGGAGGUGUCCGAACACCUUGCCCGCCUCCGCUUUACGAAAUGCCAAGCCCUGCCACUUCUACGGCUAGUUCUUACCUAAACAAGAACAUCAAUUCGGUGGAACCGGCGCCAACUCCCGUAGUGGCAAGGGCUCCUGAAGCUAACUCCCUCGUGGUCAAUAUUUUACUUUCUGACACAGGUUUCAAUAUUUUUAGAGAUCAUAAUUUUGACAGCUGUACACUAUGUGUUUGCAAUGCCGGACCAAAAUGUGUAGGAAAUAUUCGCGGAGCGGAUGCCGCUUUUUACUUGCAAACUCAUCACGAAGAGGAUUCAAUUCGUUGUAAUUGCGGUUUUAGCGCCGUCGUAAACCGAAGAUUAUCUCACAAAUCGGGUUUAUUUUACGAAGACGAACUCGAAAUCACGGGACUCGCUGAAGAUCCCAAUGAAAGACGGAAAAAUUCAUUAUUUUCGUACUUAGCAAGCAUGAACAAAGAAAAUAUUAAUAUGGACAGUUCCGUCAGUGAAUCAUUAGAUAUUAUUCCUCAAAACAUUUUAGAAUUGUUACGGGAACAAUUUGUUGUUAUACAAAAUUCUAGUAAUUCAUUACAUCGUGCUGCUAGGCUUUAUAGAAAUUAUACUAAUGUGAUUCCAUAUCCGACAAUGGUAAACGUUUUAGAGUUUACCGAUUGUAACGACGUAACGGUUUUAGCACUAGAACAGGGAAGAUUAUCGAUGGAAACUUCUUCGGCUAUUUGUAAAACCGAAGACUCCCUUAUGAGACAUUCAAAAGUUCCGUGUUUACCCAGUGUUCAUAGGUGGCCAUACCUUAGAGCUCGCGGGCCUCAGUGUAAUCAAGACAUUGUGAGAGUCAUGAAAAAUUUGCAACCAAUCCUUCAAGAAGCCAUUCAGAAAAAAUGCACGACAAGACUUUGGGAAGCUCCGUACACCGUGUCUGGUCCUCUCACGUGGAGACAAUUUCACAGGCUAGCGGGUAGGGGAACCGAUGACAGAUGCGAACCUCAACCCAUUCCUUCCCUUCUUGUCGGUUACGAAAAAGAUUGGCUCUCUUUAUCUCCCUAUGCGUUACACUUUUGGGAUAAAUUAUUGUUGGAACCGUAUUCUUAUUCAAGAGAUGUGGCUUACAUCGUUGUCACCCCUGAAAAUGACUUUAUUCUUCAAAAAGUUCGAACAUUUUUCAAAGAGCUUAGUUCAACGUAUGAGGUUUGUCGACUUGGACGUCAUUCGCCCAUAACGAAAGUUUUACGCGACGGAAUUCUUAGAGUUGGAAAAGCUGCGGCUACUAAACUUUCGAAGGAGCCGGUAGACGAAUGGUUUACUAAUUUAGGAGAUAACUCAAUUUGUAAUCUAUUAAAACUCUAUGCUCAAGCUUGCAAAUAUCACCUCGCCCCUCAUUUAUCGCAAGUUACUAUGGAUAAAACUUUAUUGGAUCCUCCGGAAGGUAUAACAAAAGUGGAAAAACCGACUCCUCCGCCUACUUCGACGGAUUCUACUAUUAAUGUCGUGCCGGAAAGGGCACCAUCAACUCCGAUCUCAGAUAUAGAAACAGAAAAUCCCACAAUUGGAAGUUCUUGUCAAGGACCCAUCGACUACGGACACGAUGAAGAUGAUUCAGACCCUCCCACGGUUGUUAUUUAUCUCGUUGAGCCAUUCACACUGGGCUCUGAUAAUGUUGAUCUUCAAAGGCUUUCUCUUUUGGCUUUGUUACGAUGCUACUCGGCCGUGCUUUCUUCCGUACCGGAAAGCGUUCGUUCGAACAUUAGCGUUCAGAUUAUAUCACUUGAAAGCAUAUUUGAAUUGGGAAAAGCUAGGGAAAGCACGAGGCUCAACGAUCAUAUGAGAUCUUUAGCUCUUUCGGUGUUUUCUCAGUGUCGAAGACUUUUGGUUCACACGUCAAAUGUUAAAUCGUUAACCGGGUUUGGUUCUGCUGCUUUAGCAGAUCUUUUCCUGAAGAAUAAAGAUGAAAAAAAUCGAGCACCUUACAGGUUGUACAGUCCCCCGUACAUAUUGGCUCCGCAUAAAGAAAGAGUCGAAUCAAACGAAUCUUUCGGGAAGUCGAAUCCUCAACAUUGUUCGGUUCUUUAUGUGAGCUAUUGUCUUUCGGAAGAUCAGAGAAUGUUAUUGACGGUUGCCACAGACGACACCGGUUCUAUAUUUGAAUCGCAAACCAUAAACAUUGAAAUCCCUAAUAGGAGUCGAAGGAAAAAAGCUUCCGCGCGAAGAGUGGGUCUACAAAAACUUAUGGAUUUUAUAUUGGGUAUAAUUUCUCAAAGCGUUCAACCCUGGAGAUUGGUUGUCGGACGAAUCGGAAGAAUAGGUCACGGAGAACUUAAAGGAUGGAGUUGGUUGCUGAGUCGCAAAGCUCUCUUAAAAGCUUCAAAGCACUUAAGAGAAAUAUGCAAUCAGUGCAGUUUACUUUCACCGACGGAUGUUCCUUGCAUAUUGAGCGCAUGUUUGGUGUCUUUAGAACCGGAUUCGGCACUGAGGCUCAUGCCCGAUCAAUUCACUCCGGAUGAAAGAUUCAGUCAAACAUCCGUCAAUUGUCAAUUGUCGACUCCUCACGAUGUUACUUGCACUCACAUUCUUGUAUUCCCGACAUCAGCUACCUCUCAGUCUUCGCAGACUGCUUUUAACGAACAGCAUAUAAACGGACCAGAUCUCGGAGAUGACGAUAUAUUUUCUGCCUUGAACGAAGACGACGUGGAAGACAUAAACGGAAUACAAGAUUUAAACGAUAUAUUCAGUACCUGGCCGGAUGCUUGUCCUGGUGGCGUUCAAAGUCCCACAGGAAGUCCAAGGAGAAACGAUUCAAUGAGUCAGCAAGGAAGUCCGUCGUGUAACAUGGAAGGAAAUAUGGAUCAACAAGGAUCUUUUCCAUGCAAUGUACCGUCAAGAAACGGCGGAGGUAGCGACGGUCAAGAAGAAGUCGGAACUCUUUUACAACAACCUUUGGCUUUGGGAUAUUUCGUAUCCACAGCUCCGACCGGUCCCAUGCCCUCGUGGUUUUGGGCUUCUUGCCCACAUUUGGAAAACGUUUGUCCGGCAUUUUUGAAAAAUGCUCUUCACAUGCACAGUCCCUCCAUACAGCAAAGUUCGGAUGAAUUGUUGCAACAGCAAUCCGCCGUCACGGAUCAUCCUUUAGACUCACAAUUCACAACCGACGUUUUAAGGUACGUAUUGGAGGGAUACAACGCAUUGUCAUGGCUGGCAUUGGACUCAAAUACUCACGAUCGUCUCUCAUGUUUGCCGGUUCACGUUCAAGUUUUAAUGCAGCUUUAUCACAUGACUGCAACUCUCGUGUGA